AGCAGCCCCAGCAGGAGAGAGGACCAAGGUUCAUCUGUACCGGGGGAGAAAACGUAUCAUGAUGGCUCGUCGCAGAAUGGAGACAAAACCAGUGAUUUUCUGUGUGAAGAUUCUGCUGCUCACCUACUCCUUCGUCUUCUGGGUGAUGGGUGUGGUCCUGGUGGCAGUGGGUCUAUGGUGGAAGUUCACUCUGAGUCCGUACAUGCUUCUGAUUUCAAGUGGGCCAUCCAACGCUCCCUACAUGCUCAUGGGCACAGGGGCUGCCAUUGUGCUGUUUGGCCUAUUUGGCUGCUUCGCUACUUGCAAAGGACGCCCGUGGACACUACGAUUGUACGCUGGCCUCCUGGUUCUUGUCUUCCUGACUGAACUUAUAGCUGGAAUAUCAGGAUUCAUCUUCCGCCAUGAGAUUAAAGGGACGUUCCUCACGACCUACAGUGAAGCAGUGUUCCGAUACGAUGGACGGGACGACAAAAGUUUAGCGGUUGAUGACGUCCAGCGCAGACUCCACUGCUGUGGCGUCUACAACUACACUAGUUGGUUCAACAGUGCUUACUUCCCGGGUGGUGGGGUUCCUGCCAGCUGCUGCAUCACCUUCUCCGACUGCAACACAUCCGACUUGAAGAACUCAAGUCUGGUGGCUCGUAAGGUUUACAAACAAGGGUGUUAUGAGCUGGUGACCUCAUUCAUUGAGGGCAACAUAGGAAUCAUUGCAGGUGUCACUUUUGGGAUCGCAUUCUCUCAGUUGAUCGGGACGUUGCUGGCCUGCUGUUUGUCUCGAUUUAUGAAUGUAAACCAGUAUGAGAUGGUUUAA